AUGAGGACUCCGAUUCGGAUGCCUCCUCAUUCUCAACAGCAGUCACGAAGCAGAAGCGACGCAGGCCUGACUCCGAUGAUGAAGACGAGUCAGACCAGUGUUCUACCCGUUCGACCAAAGCUUCAUCUAAACCUAGAAACACCAGUUUGA